CCACAAAUGUUGAUCCUGCUAAAUGGUGGAAGGUCUUUUGAUAAUGUAGAUACCCCAGCCUCUGCUCUAAAACAGCAGGGCAUCUAUGUUGUUGGCAUUGGAACAAGGAACUCUGAUAGUAGAGAGCUGCAGAAGAUAUCAUAUGAGCCUACUUACGCUCUAUCAGUGUCUGAAUUCACUGACCUCCCCGAUAUCCAAGAACAGCUCUCCUCUGUAAUGAGAACGGUGCUAGGGAGGGCCACGCCCAUGACACCAACAGUGACUGUGGAGAGACAGCUACCAGGAAGGGAUCUUGUGUUCUUGUUGGAUGGAUCUGAUGGUACUAGAACUGGAUUCCCAGCUAUGCGAGACUUUGUCCAAAGAGUAGUAGAGACACUCAGUGUGGAUGACAACAAAGACCGCGUCUCAGUGGUUCAGUACAGCAGAGAUCCAACUGUCCAGUACUAUCUGAACACAUACACCACUAAGGGCGAGAUCCUUGACACGGUCAGAGGUUUGAGGCACAAAGGCGGAAGACCCCUCAACACUGGAGCAGCUCUCCAGUACUUGAGGGAUAAUGUCUUCACGGCCUCUGCCGGAAGCAGGCGUGUGGAAGGAGUUCCACAGGUCCUAAUAUUGCUAAGUGGUGGAAGGUCUUUUGACAGUGUUGAUGUACCAGCCUCUGCUCUCAAACAGCUGGGUGUCUUGACCAUUGCAAUUGGAACCAGGGCCUCUGAUAGCAGCGAACUGCUCAAGAUAUCCCACGAUCCCAGUUAUGCUCUAUCUGUGUCUGAAUUUACGGACCUCCCCAAUAUCCAACAACAGCUGUCCUCUGUAAUGAGCACAGUGCAAAGGAGGGCCACGCCCUUGACACCAACA